CCCCUCCUCCCUCUCUCCCAUAGAUGGAAGAUCCCUCCAUCCCCUGUCAUCGCCUCCACGCCCUCGACAGCCGCCGCCGACCCCUCCCUCUACCUCCCUCCACCCCCUUUCAUGCACCUCCAUCGCCGCCACCUUUGCAGUCAUGACGCAAUGCUCCUCCGCCUCCCUCCAUCACAUCUCGCGGCCCUCUUCGGCCUCCCUCCACCCCCUGUCGAUCCACCAACGCCGUCCUCAUCCACUAACGUCGUUGUCAGCUCAUUUGUUCGCCUCUUCCGAUGUGAGUCCCUUUGCCACUAUACUCUUCCUCUCCUCCCCUUAACUGGGCUUAACUUCCGGCCCAUUACUUCCUUAAUUCUGCACGUUUCAAGAAACAAGAUUGAAAGUACAUUGAGGAUAAUUUUCAGAUCAAAAGUUCUCCUUUCCAUCGUUAUCAAAGUUUUCCUCCUCCUCUUCUCCGGACCUCUGCUCCUUCCUCUCCUCCCGAGCUCACUGUUUUGCUUCCUCCUGAGCCACCCGUUCUCGCUCGGCUUUCUCCCGAGCUUCGCGCCACUUUAUCUCCUCCACCCACUUCCUCGCUCGCUCUACCCAAUCCACUGGCGUUUCCACCUCACCAUCCCUUCUUCUCCCCCGUUUCUCUCCCGCGGCGGUGAUUCUUCCCCUUGUUGCCGCUGCAGUAGAAAUUGGUACGACGAUUGCAGCUUUUGGAACUUCUCUGUCGCGCGUUCGGCCUCUGGUCGGGAUGUAAUUCCAGAAUACACUAGUUAUUAAAAAAAUCCACAAUACAGUAGUUAUAAAAAAUAUUUCUCAAAAUACAGCAGUUUGAUCAUCACCGCCGUUGACCAAGACGGUGAUGACAAUCACCGUCAUUGUCAACAGCGGUGAAUGUAUCACCGUUUUGAAUGAAGGCGGUGAAUAUUGCACCACUGUAAUAAAAACGGUGAACCAAUCGCCGCAUUGGCCGACAACGGGGAAAACAUCUUCGCAUUGAUGAAAAACGGUGAAAAGAUCACUGUUGUUGUCCAAAACGGUGAUCUUUUACCACGUUUUACAAUCCUUGUAGGUUGAAAAUUAGGUCACAAUGACCUAGCAUUUACCAUUCUGGUCGACAGCGCUGAUACGUGUUGGUGCAAAAGAACACAAGGUGCACAAUUAACGCCAUUGACCAAGUAUGUACAGCUAAGGCACCAAACUGCAUUACUCGAAGAAAAGGAAAUUUGUGGCCACAACACAAUUCCCAACGGCUACCUAAACUAAGAAGGAAAGUGGAUCAAUUCCAGUCAAUAGGAGCAAAUCAAGCAACGGCAGGAUUCCUGUGAAAUCAAACAUGAUGAAUCCAAUAUAAAAAGGGGGAAUAGCUAGCUUGAAGGUAACCUUUUCGGAAAAGAGAAAUAGAUAUAUAGCAGGGUCUGUAAGAGAUUUCUCAAGUGAAAAGAGUUGGUUAGAAACAGGGGUGUUUCUACAUCGAUAGAGGGCUAUCGAGUUCCUGUCAGCUGGGUAGUUGAUAGGAGAGGGAAGUUUGGGUAAUCUCAAUCGAGCGGGGAGCCGAUUGAGCAGGAGGUCUGUUUUCUUAAGUGUAUGUGCUGAUACUUCAAAUCUUUAGAGAAACGUCGAAGAUCACAAGAGCGUGAGUCUUCGACCGUGGACUAGUCGUUGUGAGGAUUUCAAUUCUUCCCCUCACCGGAAACCACGUAAAAAUUCUGUGUUGUCUGUUUAAUUCUGUUUUUGUGGUUGCUGGAUAAAAACCUGGACAUCUCUGUUCUUGUGCGUGUUGAAGAACAGGAAACAGGAAGAAGGUUUGAUCUUAUAAGCUGAAAAUUAAAGUGCUAGGUUUAGUUGGUAAUACGCAGUCGUUUUUAAACUUAAAAGGUGUAGCAAGCUUAGUCUCUUUAAACUGCACGUGGGCCUUUUUGAGAGAGUAAUAUAAGUGUUUUGUUUUGAGGCUUUAAGCCCAUUUCGGUACACCAGCAGAGUCCAAGUCCACAAACAAUUUGCUUAGCAUUGUGAAGAGUUGAUUUAGAUCAAACUCUGUAUAUUGUGGUUCUUGGCGUGGGUUUUCUUCUUCGUUUUCCAGGAACCAAAUCGGAGAGGGAAACACUAAAUCAACCAGCACCAGCGCCAAAGUAGAGGGAAUCGUCUCGCGCUCGACGAAUCUACAAUACGUUCACUGUAAUGGUCCACCACAGUGAUCAGCCCAUAUGGUUUGCCAAUAAAAAGCUCACGUACCUGCACCUGGCUUACAACAAUUCAAACCAAAAUUAGUGCAAAAAUCCUUUUCUCAACUGGCUUACAACAAAUGCGAUUAAAGAAACUCACCGGGAUUCGGUAUGUUAUAAUUAUGUAUUGUUUACAUUUUGAUAUUUUAAUAAUUAUAUGUAAGUAUUUAGUGAAUUGCGGUUAGUGGCAAAUAUGUUAUGUUAGAGAUAUUUAGAUUAAUUAUGGUAUGAUUGAUGUUAGUUAGUUAUAAAUUUAGAUGAAUUUG